AUGGAGCUGGGAAGGGGCAGAGCCCAAGCACCUGCCAGGCUGCUCUAUUCCUCUUGUUCCUUGGAGAAGACUCUGAAGUGCAUCUGUCUCUUCCAUGGGAUCCCCACGCCCUCUGUGCAGUGGUGGAUAGGGGGUGCUCCCACAGGUGUGAACAGCACAGACGACGGCAUCCAGGUGACUUCCACCAUAACUGGCCACUGGAUCAACAGCACCAUCAAUCUGACUGAACAGCCAGAAGUGGGCACGAGCCUUCUCUGUGAGGGGAAGAACCCAAAUGGAACCCACGCUCUGACCAUUCUACUGAUGUCAAAAAGGAGUUCUUUGGUUGCCCAGGCUUUCCUGAAAGGGCUGAUCCAGGGCGUUGUCUGUGGAGCCAUUGUGGUAGCACUGCUCUCCCUCUGCCUCGUCCCUCUCAUAGUGAAACGUGUCAGAAUGAAGCAGGCAAAGAAAACUGCAGCAGUCGAACCAGAAAAGAGCCCUAAAGCCAGAGCAUGCCAAGAUCCCAAGAUGUCUCUGAAGCCUGAGGAGCCAGAAAAAGCCACAGUCACCCCAUCUUCGCAGAGCCAGAUAUUGGUGGACCUGAUCCAGAAACCGGAGCUUCACAUUCCUGAGAUUCUUGUGGCUGAGGAGCCCGUGACCUUGACCUGUACCUUCAAAGGCACCUGCAAAGAAACCAAAGCCCCACUCCUCUCCUGGAAAGAGCCCACCACACCCUCCAACACAGACAGCUCCAGCAACUCCUCCACCUCCUCCUCAGUGCUGCACGUCAGCUAG